UUUCGUCCCUCUGCGGCCGCCGUAGCAGUAGCGGCGUCUUCCUGUUCCGCCAAAAGCGACAUGGCGGCCGGCGGCACAGACGUCGACGACGGCAAGGCGGCGGUAGAUUUUGUGACUUACGGGACGCCUCUGGAACCUCUGGAAGAAGAUGAGGCCCCACGUAAGCCCAUCCCUCUCCACGAGCAGACGGUUCGGGAUGAAAAGGGGCGGUACCAGCGGUUCCACGGCGCCUUCACAGGCGGCUUCUCGGCAGGCUAUUACAACACGGUGGGAUCCAAAGAAGGAUGGACGCCGUCCACCUUUGUGUCGUCGCGGCAGCAGAAGGCGGACAAACAUCGAGCCACGCCCCAAGACUUCAUGGAUGAAGAGGAUUUGGGCGAGCACGGCAUCGCCCCGACCCAGAUCACCACCACGGGGCCGUUUGCGUCCCGGGCACCGGCGGCGGUCUGGGACAGGGCCAAGGCCGUCAACGCGCAGACGGCCAUCAUACCGGGAGACAACCUCCUGGACGAACUCAUCGCCCCUGCGAGGUCUUGUAUAGGCGUGGAGCUCCUGACCCGGAUGGGCUGGAAAGCAGGUCAGGGCGUGGGGCCCCGCGUCAAGAGGAAGGCUCGCCGACAACGCCCAGCCGACGACGGGCCGAGAGUCUUCGGCUGCGCUCCCCCGCCCCCUGCCGGCUCCGAGGGCUCCGAGGAGGAUGACGAUGGCGGCGAGUUUGCCCCCGAGAACGUGACCUUCGCCCCCAAAGAUGUGAUUGCGGUGGACUUUGCCGCCAGGACGGGGCUUCAGGGCCUGGGCUACAGCGGACUGGAUCCGGCGAUGGCGCUACGCGACCAGGCCGACGACAGCCUGGCGGACCUCUUCUCGCCGCACUCGGAGGCCACCAGCAGGCUCUUUGGCGAAAGGCCUCGGCGCUCGCGGAGGGGCGGCGGCGUGGCCGGCCAGGCCUUCGGCGUGGGGGCGCUGGAGGACGACGACGAGGACGUGUACCGGCGGGACGCCAUGUCCAAGUACGACACCGUGCUGGGGGACGAGCCCGGGGACGGACUCUACGGCUGGACCGCCCCUUGCGACGACCGCGGCAACAGAAACAAGCACCACAAGGAGGCGGCGUACCUUGGCAAAAUCCUGGAAGGCUUCACCUUGGCCCGCAGCCCCGAGGAAAAGAAAAUUAUUUUUGCUGCGCCGCCGCUGCCGGCCGACUUCCGUCCGGUGCGCCGCUUUCGCCCCCCGGUGGCCGUGUCGCACGUCUCGGGCGUGAGCGCCGCCCUGGCUGAAGCUCUGAGGUCAUCCAAAGGUCAAGCGCCGACCCCGGAUGCCGGCCGCCACCACGUGAUGUCUGACCAGAGGGGGGCGCUGCUGGGGGAGGCUGCCCUGCCAGGCCCCGCCUCCGUCAUGGAAUUGCUACGGCCCGAAGACCGCCGGCGCUUGCUGAGCUUGCGAGCGGCCAGCGGCGCGCCCCCGGGCGCCCCGCCCUCAGGUGCCCCGCCCUCAGGCGCCCCGCCCCCAAGCGCCCCCUCGGAUGCCUCCUUGCGACGGCGCCAGGAGGAGGUGGCGGCGGCGGCGGUUGCGUGGCGAGGUUGCGACGGCCUCUCACGGACCUUCAAACCCUUUGAGAAGAAUGCCGGCAAGCAAGCCCGAUAUGACACUUACUUGGGACGGCUGCGGCUGGGGGAGAAAGAUGCCCUGGAUGCCUGUUCGGACCCUUCCAUGACGGAGUGGGAGCGCAGCCGGGAGAAGGAGGAGUUUGUGCGAGCGUCCAUCUUGUACCGGCCCACCUCCUCCAUGCUGGCCAGUCGCUUCACGCGCGCUAAGCAGGAGGACGACGACGACUAUGUGGAAGUGGCGGCGGAGCGGGAGGGCCACAUGGAGGACAAGGAGGCCGCCGUCAAGAUGAAGAUGUUCGGCCAGCUGACCAGGGAAACCUUUGAGUGGCAUCCUGACAAGCUUCUCUGCAGGAGGUUCAACGUAGCCCACCCCUACCCUGGGUCGUCCACCGUCGGCCUUCCCAAAGUCAAGCGGGACAAGUUCUCCGUCUUCAACUUCCUGACGCUGAAGGAGGGCGGCGAGCAAGCAGCGCCUGCUAAGGCGGCGCAGACCGCCAAGAAGUCGCGGUGGGACCAGGAGGCGGAGCCCGGCCAGGCCUCCGCUCAGCAAGCCAGUGACGUCAAAGAAGCCUCCCAAACGUCUGAGAGCACACCUGACGGGCCACGCGACCUAUCACAAAGCAGGAAGCUGAAGGAGGAGGAGGAGGAGGAGGCCAAUGAAGAUGAUAAAGAAGCUGAUGAGGAUGAUGAAGAGGAGGUGGAGGAGGAAGAGGAGGAGGCACGGCCUCCAAUGGACGUGUUCAAAGCCAUUUUUGCCGGCUCCUCGGACGACGACGACGACGACAAGGCCUCGUCGGCCUCGUCGGGGGGGGGCGGCGAGCAAGACGAGGAGGAGCGGACGGAGGCGGCGCCACCAAGGAACCUCUUUGACAUCUCGUCCUCCCAGCAGACAGCCGCUGCCGCCGCCGCUGCUGCCGCCGCCGCCGCUGCUGCUGCGCCUUCUCGUGCGCCACCGGCUCAGGAAGCGGCUGAGUUCGGCCCCAAGCUUCCUCCUCCCUGCUUCCGUCUCGGGGCUGCCGCCGCCUCGCUGGCCCGUGCCGGGGACCGCAAGGACAAGAAGCAACACAAACGCAGGAAAGACAAGAAGAAGAAGAAAAGCAAGAAGAAGAAAAUCAAAGUGACGCAGCAAGAAGACAAGAAGAGGAAGAAAAGUAAGAAGUCAAAGAAGGAAGAGGACACCUCGGAACAAAGCGACCAUCAAGAUGCAGAGACCACGGCGGAAUUGAUCAGGAGGCUGAAGAGCGCAGCGCCGUCUGAGGAGGUGACCGCAGCAACAUGGCAAUAAAAAGUUAACGGACACGA